AUAGGCGGGUCCGCCUCACCUAGAAACUACCGAGUAUAAAAGCCAAAGAAACUUCCUUCUUAAUAAAGUCUUCAGUUUUCCCCAUAUGUCUUAUUCUUCACCUGCAGUUCAUCUUGCCAUUUAUCUUUUUCCCCUUUUCACAACAAGCAUUUGUCUUCCGGUAACUCACUCCCAUCUUUUGACAUUCUAUGGUGCUGUUUGUAGUCAAGGUUAUUUGACUCUAUUUUCUCUUGUUAAUCUUGUUGACACCCUUUGUCCUGCCUUUUCCUGAUUGUGUCUAUCUUUCUGUCCCUUAAGCAAAGAUAUUUUUUACAACAAUGCCACCAAACCAAUUUAUUAUGAUUAAGAUAUGUGGGGUCUAUAUGUUGUCUAAAUAGUCCUCCCCAUAAAAAAACACCAUCUAGACCAAGCAUAGAAAUAAAGAGAUUAGUCAAGAAAGCACUGUCAAGCUAAUACUUGCAACUUUUUCAAGACGAAGGCCUUUCCCGACCUAGUCAUGUUUGUAGUAGCUCAUGAAAAAUUUUAGACAGACAAAUAGUAACAAGGGAGCAGAAGUGAGAAUAGGAU